UAAAGCUCCGAGCAGCUUGCAACCAAUGCCAUCUCUCCAAGGUCCGUUGUAGUGGGGAAAAAACCGGAUGUGCUCGGUGCUCGAGUCUCGGUUAUUCCUGCGUCUACUCCGAGUCUCGAGUAGGCAAAGUGCAGGGGAAUCGGGCCCGACGACUGAGGGGCGGGUCGGCAUCGGCCCAAAAACAUCCCAUUUCGCCCAGUCCAAGCUCUCUGGAUAUGACGGGAGAUAACAGAGGGGAUUCCUCUAGAUCAGGAGCCGGUAGUACUCCAUCUCAGGGGUUGAUGGAUGGAGAAAGACCAACUAUCGAGCUCGAAGACGGGCUGUUCGCGGAACUAAGCUGUGUGAGCCAUGGAGUUUAUUCCAAGGCCCCUAAGGAUAUUGAUGAUUGCGCGCUCUUUGGUAGUCUCGAUGACUUCCAGUGUGUUGAAACGCCGCUCGAUCCAAUGCUCUCCGAUGUAGAUCGAGUAGGCAAUCCUUCACACCUGCCAUCUGCCAUGGUGUUACCACAACCUUCGCCCCCUCUUGGUCCAGACAAGUCGCUAGACUUGGCUUCCAAGACCGACUGGUCAGGAUUCUAUUUCCCAUCCCCAGAUAACGCGGGCGUGGGGAAGCUAGCUCCAUAUCGACAGCUUGCUAGCCAACGAAUGGUCGACUGCGUAGCAUUGGUCCACAAUUUAGAGCAACACAUCCACAGCCGGCUGGUGGCAGCAGAUGAGGUCAUGCGGGUGAACAAACACUGUGUUGUGAGUAUAUUGGAAAUACUAGAGUACGAGGAGACCAGCCCCAGUAUGAGCUUACUGGGACUGAGCUGUCUCGCCAUUAACCACGUUGUGACGUUGUUUGAAGGAGCCUCCGACUAUCUCCUCUCUCCCAGCAAACGCCACGAGUAUCCCCAAAAACGAAUGCCCACCAUACAAUUUGGGAAUUUUCACGUGGAUCCGGAGGAACAUCUUUCAAUCCAGUGCCAGAUUCUUUUGCGAGAACUGCAACGAUGCGGCCGAACGGCCGAGAAACUCCUUGAACGGCUAAAAUUGGUUCAUGAAGACCGGGGGAAUCUGGGCGUUGUUUAUUCAGAUUGGCUUAGAACUAUUCAAAAUAGGCUGCAGACAUUGUGUGAAAAUGUACAAAAGAAAUGAGGUGAUUAUAGAUUUGCAUAUAUAACGACUAUUAUUGACUGAUUUUUGCUUCG